UUUUCUUAGUUUAAGAAAUUUUAUUUAUUCCCGAGUCGAAGAAGUGAACUUAGAUGAGCUUAAAUCAAUUGUUGAGUUCAUUUAAGUUAAUUUUUUCGACUCGGGUUACUCAAGAAAAUAAGUUUCUUCAAAAUAGUUUCUUAGCGCAAGAUUUUUUUUCUUGAGGCAAGCUAACCAUUUUAUCUGUGUACCUUCUCCGUUGAUGACAAAAUGAAAUAUCAAGUUACAAUUCAAGACAAAGCGCAUGUCAACCCAACCCCAAUGCUUGUUAGAUUCAUGAAUAAUAAAAUACCUUAUUAUUCUUAGCUUAUUAUGAGUAAUGAAAUAAAUUACCGCAAUUUGAAUAUAUUAUUGAUCUUUUAUAGUUUUGAGAAAUAGCAUUCAAAUUAAAUAUAAUUUAUGAUUACAAAAUUUCUUAAUUUUCUAUGCAAAAUACUAUUUAGUGAUAGACAUUGUGGCGCCCAAGUUCGAGUAGGAAAAUAUCAGAAAUAGUCUAAUGACAGUUCUAAGUCAAUGUUUAUACGUUUUUACUUGUGUGGGUCUUUGGAGACCCUUGGAAUGGGACGGCUUAAAAGCACGACUCUACGAUUUAUACACUAUUUUCGUAUUAUUUUCAAAUUACUCUUUUUUUAUUUUUGGUCUCAUGGACGUCGAUUAUAAAAAUAUUGAUUUUUUGGGCUCGAUCGAUCUUAUUUCACUGCUACUUCAGUUUAUUGAAAACACUCCAAAAAUAUCAUGUUUAUUGGGGAAUCGUUGCUCUGUAUUGAGAAUUAUUAAUAAUUUUAAUUGUGAUCCAUUUGACGCUAAGAAUAACGAUGAGAAAAUUAUUCAACAGAAAUAUGAUAAAUUUAAUAGACAGCUUAAUUUGUGGUUUCCUAUAUUUGGUUUCAUAUCAAUCACGUGGUAUACAAUUAGUCACAUUUUGUUAAUGGAGUCACCUACAUUAUUACCCUAUAGAGGUCGGAUACCUUACAAUUACUCCAAUUACCAUAAAAUUUACUUAUUGACAGCGAUGGAACAAAUUUAUUCCGUGUUGAGUCUUGCUAGCAUCAAUGCGGCAUUCAAUACUCUGUUUCCAACAAUAAUGUUUCAAAUUUGUGCUAAACUUAAUAUUCUCAAAUAUCGUUUUAAAAUGAUGAUCAAACAAUUAGAGAAUACUGAGGAUAAUGAGCUGAGUGAAAAAAUCUGCAAUCGAACUCAAAAACAACUGAUUGCAAAUUGGGUGGAAAGUCACGUUAAACUUUUAAAUUUAUUUAAUUGUGUUAAUACGUUAUUCACAAGCGCUAUUUUUAUUCAUUAUAUUGUUAAUUCAAUUUUACUGUGUACUAUUGCAUAUAUUUUAUCACACUCUCCAUUUGGUGAUAUCGCUUUUGUUAGUAAUGUAUUUUUUUUUGUUGUUAAAUGUUCGCAACAGUUUUUACAAUGUGCUUCUGCUCAUCAAGUUACUAUAGAGUUUGAAAAUCUCCGUAAAGUAAUUUUUGAUACUAAAUGGUAUACCACUAAAAAGGCUGUCCAAAAAUCGAUGAUCAUAAUAAUGUCUCAGUCAAUAAUACCUGUCGAAUUUGUCAGUGGAUACUUUGUUACUUUAUCACUAGAUUCAUUCAAAAAGAUAAUAAAGCUAUCAUAUACGAUUUACAAUGUUCUGGAGUGAAAAUUAUUUAUUCCUGAUUGAUUGAGGUGCUGAA